ACUGUUGACGUCAAACAGUUCACAGAAUAACAUGAAACUGAUCGGUGAAAACGCCACAAACCCAGAUAUCAUCGAAGCCCAAACCCCAUUCUUAAAAAAAUAAGUAUUUUCUAGAGAGAGAAACUGCAUUUCUUCAUUUCCAAUGGAAGAUUUCAGAUCCAAGUCAUGUGGUGAUGGAAGGAUGCAAACAGAGAGCUACAACUACAAUGGACACAAACCCACACCUUCCAAUGUCCAAGAUUUCAGAUGUUACAGUGCCUCACAUGCAUCAUCAUCUUCUUAUGCACAACCACCACAGACCCAGAUGGAGAUUGUCAAAGAUGUGAAGCUCAAGAAAGGCAAGUCCAUGAAUGGGUCAUCAAAAAAUUGGAGCUUCAAUGACCCUGAGUUGCAGAGGAAGAAAAGGGUGGUCAGCUACAAGGCCUAUACUGUUGAAGGGAAGGUCAAAGGGUCUUUCAGGAAGAGCUUUAGGUGGAUCAAGGACAGGUACAAUCAGAUGGUGUAUGGUUGGCGGUGAUCACCCUUUGGUAUCAUUUUCAUUACCAUCUUGAUUUUUUUUUUUUUUUUUUUUUUUUUUUUUUUUUUGUGUUCUUCUUAUUUUGUACUAAUUUGGGUUGUAUAAGUUAUUGACAAUUAAGUUAGGAUUAUGUGUUGUAUUUGGUUAUUAAAGGCUUAUUGAUUGAUUAUGGGCAAGCUUUAUUUAUGAAGUUUGAUUUA